CAUGAUCGUAAGUUCUUUUACUCUCACCCACAUUUCAACCGCCGUUCUAGUAGGGUUAUUUUUUUAUUGGUUGCACAAGCAACUGUUGAAAAAAUGUGCAAUUAAAUCUAGCUCAGAUGCGAAAUUACGAUCUAUACCUUUAAUUGACAAUGUUAAGUUGGUGUUCGCAAAUAAUGACGAAACAUUUAAAAACAUGAAUGAUCUUACCGAGAAAUAUGGACAUUACCUUAAAUUUUGGUUUGGUCUUGACUUAAACAUUUGUAUCAAGAAUCCAACGGAUAUAAGGUUUCUUCUCACCAGUAAUAAAAUAAAUGAAAAAGGACCUUUUUAUCGUUAUAUAGCGACCUAUGUGGGAGAAGGAAUCCUUUCUGGUGGACCAUUGUGGCGAGCACAUAGGAAAAUAGUAACGCCUGCAUAUAACAAAAAGUCUGUACAAACAUAUAGUUUUGUAUUUAAUAAAGAGGGCGAAGAGUUAGCUAAUAGUCUGCUUCAAAAGGAUCCGAACGUAACUUUCGAUGUUUUCUCUGAUGUUGUCAUUGCUACAACACAAAGUGUUUGUCAGACGCUAAUGGGACUACCUAAAGAAGACAGCCUCAAUCUCAAAUAUUUAACGGAAAUUAUGACUGAAACUGAAAGGUUAUACCAUCAGACUUGUCGCCAAAUAACUGAAUGGUGGCUACAAAUCCCUUUUUGUUACUGGAUUUUCGGAAAGAAAGUGGAGAAAAAUUACUUAAAUAUGGUUCGGGUAAUGAUUCUAGACGUUUUGGAACGAAAAAAACGUUUAAAAAGCGAGUCUACAGAAAAUGAGAUAAUGAAUGCUGUUGAUAAAUGGCUAACGAUACGAGAAAUGGAUGAUAAUUUGAUUUUAGAGACUUUUUCUAUUUUUACCACUAGCCAAGAAGCCUCGGCAAAGAUAACUUCUACGGUGCUAUUGGCAUUGGCACAUCUUCCUGAAUGGCAAGAGAAAGUCGUUAACGAAAUCUAUGACGUACUAGAGUCCAACGACCAAGUUAUAACAGAAGAACAAAUUAAGAAGCUACACUUUCUGGACAUGGUGUUUAAAGAGGCAGUUAGAUAUUUGCCGAUCGCACCAGUAAUACAACGACGUGUUAGCGAGGAAGUAACUAUUGAUGAUGGUAAAAUUACACUGCCUGUUGGAACAUCAGUAGUCAUUCCAAUACACUCGAUCCACCGAGAUCCUGAAUUUUGGGAAGAACCAAACAAAUUUGAUCCCGGAAGGUUUAUGCCUGAGAAUAUAAGCAAACGAAACCCAGAAGCUUAUUUGCCUUUUAGUUUAGGACCAAUGGAUUGUUUAGGACGCAUCUAUGCAACAGCACUCGUAAAAACUUUGGUAGUAAAGGUUCUGCUAAAAGUUAAGCUAGAGGCGGAUGGCAGACUUGAAGACUUGAAGCUGAGAUAUGCAAUAUCUGUACAUUUUGAAGACGGUUACAGGCUACGCGUUUGUCCUAGACAAAAUGAGUUUAUUCGCAAUAUAAUAUAAAAAAUAAAGUAAUAAA